GCGAGUGCAGUCCCUCGGCAAAUCAUCCGCUAAUCAGUUGAAGUCCCGAUAGCACUCGAUGAAUUCAUUCGAGCGAGUCUUCUCAUCCCACAUCUCGGGAAUUUCGAGUGUUAAAAUAGUGAAUUCUUUCGGGUAUUAAAGUGUUUCCAAAAAUUUUAAAAUCGAUUGCUCCCUGAAGAUCGAUUGAUCGAUCGCAUCACCGAAAUUGGGACUUAUUAAAUGAAUCUCAGUUACCGCUAGUAAUAAUUAAAAAAGGAAUUGGGAGUUGAUAGCAAUAAUAUGAGGUGAAUAGAUUUUAUAAUGAAUUAACGAUCAAGAAAUUGAAAGAUCGUGUGAUAAAAAAUUAUUGACAAGUAAUUAUCGAAUGACUGCGGCACAAAAAAUGUCAUUGACACGCGCGUCAGUAAUUUCCGCCUGUGAAUUAUUGCUGAAGGACAGUUUUGCCGGAAUCUGCUGAAAUCGACUCUCGAUUUUUCCAUCACCUGAAUUUAAUCGACCUUCAAUGAUCGAUAAUAUCCAUUGGUCUAUACUAAAUCGAGAUAAUGGCUAGAUGGAAAUUAAAAUCCCCUGAAUUUAUCUGGUGGUGUCUGACGAUUGUCUUCGUCACUCGAUCGACGUCUCAAGUUCAAAUGGCACCUGGCCCAUCUUCAGACUUCAGUACGCACAGUCGUGUUCGCCCACGAAUUUUCAAUGCUAAAAAUAAACAAAUGAUUUAUGAUACUAGGAUCAACAAUGAUUACCAUUUAGAAGCGCUCACUAUCGAGCUAGAAAUUGAUGGAGUUCAGCGUACACUUGAUCUCAAGCUCAAUAAGGAUCUCAUUCCCGUAGGAUAUAAGCAAAUAACACAGGAUGAAAGACGUGAUGCAGUUGAAGAACCUCAAGUGGUCGAAUUAUGUCAUUAUCAAGGAAGCCUCCAGGGGUUCCCCAGCUCCUGGGCGGCGUUGUCCACCUGCGAAGGUCUCCGGGGGGUAAUUCACAACACCCAGGACCUCCACUUCAUCCACCCCCAUGAGGACACCCUGAACGCCAUCCACUACCUCUACAAGCACAGCGAUUUCUCACCCAACAGGACCUACCUCUCCUCACCCUCGAAUCCCCAGGCUCUGCGAACCAGAAGAGCCCUUCACCCCAACGUCGAACCUCUCCUUCGGGUUCCCUACCUCGCCAACUCUGGAUCUCGUUACCUCGAGCUGGUGUUCGUGGCUGACACGAGUCUCUACGAAAGACUAGAGAGAAACGUUCAGAGAGUCCAUCGUCGUGUCAAGGACAUCGUGAACAUAAUAAACGCCCUGUACACACCCUUGAACAUCUUCGUGGCCCUCGUGGGUAUCGAAGUCUGGACGAUGUGGAACAAGAUCGACGUGUCCCCCAGCAGCGCCAGCACCCUCAAGAACUUCAUGAAGUAUCGGAAGCAGGAUCUCCUCAAGAGAAUGCCCAACGAUAAUUCCCAACUGCUGACAGGAAUUGUCUUCGACGACAAGAUCGUCGGUAAGGCAGGUGUCGGUACGAUGUGCACUGAGGACUCAUCGGGGGGUGUCAACAUGGAUCACUCGGCCAUUACGGGUUUGGUGGCAGCAACUGUUGCCCACGAAAUCGGUCACAACUUCGGCAUGAAUCACGACACCAGGUACUGCAGGUGCCCUGAGGAGGAGUGCAUCAUGAGCGAGGCACUCACGACAAAAGCCCCGACUCACUGGUCCUCUUGUUCACUGGAGCAACUGGCGCUGGGGUUCGCCAGGGGCGUCGACACUUGUCUGCGGAACAGCCCGAGGAGCAUCUUCGGGAAGAGCGAGUGUGGGAAUGGGUUCCUGGAGACCGGGGAGGAGUGUGACUGUGGACUCCAGGGGCAUUGUGAUAAUAAAUGCUGUGAUCCAACGACAUGCAGGUUUACGUCGGGAGCUACCUGUGCUACUGGUGAAUGCUGCGACCUGACAACAUGUCGAUUAAAACCACCAGGACUUCCCUGCAGGGCGUCCUCACACGAGUGCGAUUUGCCUGAGUUCUGCACGGGAAACAGCGAAUACUGUCCCCAGGACAUUUACAAAAUGGACGGAUAUCCCUGCAGCAUGGAGACGGCCUUCUGCUACCGCGGCUCGUGCAGCACGCACGAUGAGCAGUGCAGCUACCUCUGGGGUCCAAGUGGCCACUCAUCGAGUCUUCCCUGCUACGAGCUGAAUGUCAAUGGAAAUUCCUCGGGCAAUUGUGGGUAUGAUUUCACCAGCUCCACCUACGAUUCUUGCCGCAAUGCCGACAUCUUCUGCGGAAGGCUCCAGUGCAAUCACUUGUCCGCGGAGAUGACCUUUCAGUUUGCAGCGUACGCUGCUGUGACAGCUCAGACGUACGUUUAUGGAGUUGGACCGUCGGUUCUGUCGUGCAAAACGGCGAUGCUUGAUGUUGGAGGAAGGAAACUCGAUCCAGGACUGGUGCCCAAUGGUGCCAAGUGCGCUGAGGGACGAAUGUGCGUUGAUCAGGCAUGUCUGGAUGUCCAGGAUGUCAUCAGGAGGAUCAACAGGGACUCGGCGUGCUUGAGGAACUGCAGUGGAAAUGGAGUUUGUAACAGCCUCGGACGUUGUCACUGCGAUGAUGGAUUCCGACCACCUGAUUGUGCGCUGAGUGGGUCUGGAGGGUCUCAGGACAGCGGUCGAACUGAUACUGGCGAUGACGAAAUCAACGGAGUUGCGAUAGCUCUUUACGUCAUCUUCCUGGGGAUUCUUCCAGUAGUCGCUAUAUCUUUACUCUGCAUUUGGCACAAACGUAAUCGAUCGAGUUCGAAUGGGACCAAAAUAUUCUUAUCAAUGUACAUCUCCAGCAGAAAGUACUUGGAACGUCUCAGACGUAUUUUGACACCACAACGUAUGCCACACCCGGACCGGGAGCCACCCAAAGUCUUCACCAUAAGUGAUAGAGUUACUCCGAAUAGGCUGACGAUAACGAGGAUGACUUUCGUCAGUGCGACGAAUCCAGAAGUAAUAAGGUCAAGUCGAAACCUGAGAAUACCUCGUUCCCCAGGUGUUGAAGACUCGAAUGAUCGUCUGACGACUCCACCUGUCGUCUCCAUCGGCCGAAAAUCCCAGGGAUCGACCGCUAAUUGCGAUCACAGGAGGGGAAAUCGCGAUGAAAUUCCCUCUGGGAGUUCCCCCAGGCAAAUGGCUCCUGAGGGAUCGCAGGAUUCAGGAUGUGUUUAUGAGUCGAAUUCCGAGCUUUAUUUGGCGUUUAAGAAAGUGCGUUCGAGGACUCCGGAACAAUCGACGAAUGUUCACGAAAGUGAAGAUUUUAGACCGAAUGGAAAAUUUUUUUAUUCCAAAAAACCACCCCCACCACCAAUUUUGUAAUAUUUAAUGUUAUAAAAUUGAAAGUCAAAGAAUAAAGUAUUUUUCCAAAGAA